UUGGCGCGCGCUUCUGCUUCAAGAUUUCCGCGCCAGCGUGCUGAGGGGGUGUUCAGUGUGAGCCAUGUUCUCAGUUGUGAAAUACAGAGCUAUUGACUACAACUAUGAGGCUUCAGAAAGGUGGAGGAUGACAAUAAGCUCACUGACGCUCCCGAUUCCCAUCCAACUGGACAGUAGCGUGUACCCACACUCAGGGAAGCUGCAGGACGAUUCGUACCGGAGGCCGUGGCGUGGAAGUUUGGGCACCCCGUAUGAAGUGGAAUGCACAGGCUCUGCGUUAGACUACCUGAAGGCGAAGCUUUGUCCAGUGGAGUGUGUGGAAAGGUUUACGGUGUGCACGGGUGAGUUGGGAGAGGACGUGGUGCCGAGCUCUAACCCUGUGUCUCCGAGGUGUGUGGAGUCACAGGAGGCUCUAUGUCUGCUGAACAGAGGAGAGAGAGCAGCCGAGCAGGACGAAUGGACAGAGACCUUUACUGAGGUUGAUGUACACUCGGUUUACUUCACUGAGCAAGAUCUGUUCCUUCCUGAGGAGGUGUUAAUCAGUGAUAAUGAGCUGAAGAGUUAUCUCCCUUCUCUCACCACACUACUGAAAAGGUUAAAACCUUAUCCUGUGUCAGAUCUACUGGAUCCCCAUCAAACCGGAUCACUGCUUCCUGAGCACAUCACGAUCGGGGAGUUCUCGCUGUAUUCUGCUGUGCCCUAUGAUGCAGUGGCUAACUGUUCAGCUCCUCAGUGGGAUAUUGAGGAGUUUGGGAAAGAGGACAUUCUGGAUGCAGAGGAUCUCAUGCUGCCAGAUUUCAUUGAAACCGAUGUGCUGCAGAACCGAAAGCUCAUCUCGUGUCAUGUCCUCAAACUGCGAGAAGCUCUGAAUGUGACUCCAGAACCAGAUGGAGAACACAGUUCUGCAUUAGACACUCUUAGGAGAGAUGAUUUAUGGAUAUCUGUUCCUGCAGGCGUGGUAACUUCAUCAGAGUGGGAGACUUUCAGUGCUCCUGUGACUGACAUCACUGACUCCGCCUCUGAAAGGACAAUCUCUCCAUUUCCUUUCAGGUCCUGUGUGGAACUGGAGUUAAACCUCAUUCUGUCUCCUCCUCCUCCUCCUGCUGCUCCUCCUGACAGGAAGCUGCUUCUGUCCACCAAUCAGCUCUCAGCUGAGACACUGUCACCUGGAGACAAAGUGCUCUUGCUGUCAGACAGAGAGCGAGGGGUCCUGGAGAAAGACAUGUGGGUGGCAGAGAAACAUCUUCAGUGUAUAGCGAGGCUUCUGCUGGCAGAGCCACGCAUACCUGCAGCUCCAGUGAGACGUCAGUCCCUCCCUGAGCUGCUGUCCUCUCUGCAGGCUGAGCCGGAGUGUGAUGACAUGGACGGAACCCGCGUCUCUUCACUACUGCCACUCAUGACCCCUGACCCCAUUCUCACACAGGCACUGACCGUAGAGAGACACACAGCUGUGAACACACACAGGCCAGAGGUGGACAUGAUGGAGCAGUUCACGCCGCUCUCUCUCACUCAGAUAGAUGAAUUGUUUGGAGACUCUGAAAAUGUGGGCACUGUGGAGAGCAGAGCUACAAAGACCACUGUUCCUGCUUGUGUACGCAGGAGCAAAACUGUGACGUUCAAUCUACCGGAGCAUGAUUCUCAGAAACGAAGCACUGCUAACAAAGACCGUGCGCUGUCAAAGUCAAGUCCGGCUGCUCACCAUCUAUCGGCCAGGACCACUCAAACUAAUCCUAGUGACAGAUCUGACAACACAGCCAAACACUCGAGUCUGCUGAAGUCUAGACCAAAGCCAGCUCCUUAUUGUCAUGCAGAAAAAGACACUCGUACUAAUAAGAGUUUUCGUUUUCCUCAGAGAACCUGGAGUAACUCAUUGAAUUCAAGUGCUCACAGUCAUUCGGUGAGAGGUACAGACACAACCACAGGUCUGCUGAAGUCCACAUCACACACAGGCGCCAACACACUACUGACAAAAGGCAACCAAACAGAGCCGAUUAAUAGCAAUAAUAAUCCAAACAACGUAAGUACUUUGGCUGAGAAUGUGACACUUUGGAUGAGAAAUUUCAAACUGCAUUAUAAUUAUACAGCAAAAAACGCAAAGUUGAAUACUUCUACAAACACCACUGUUAGAACGAGUAGUCUAAAUAAGAUCUCUUCUGAGAGCAUUACCAUACACAGAGAUCUGAGUGUUCGCUGUAGUGCUCAGAGAGAACUGCGAGUAGAGGGCCGAUUAGAGAACAACACAGAUCAUCAUGAUGGUCUCUUUACUGGGAGCACGCCCCAAAACAGAAAAGGUUCCUUACCAACCCCAGAACAUUCACAUGUAUAUUCCCACAAAGCCACCGCUGCAAAACAGCGGCUUUCAACUAAACCGAGUCACAUGCGUCAUCAGGUUUCUGACAACAUGACUAAAAAGGAAGACUUUAUUGUGCAGAAUGUGAAGAUGACUUUCAGUUAUUCAGCCACACACACUCAGCCUGGUCCUACUAAUCCUACAAAUCAUUCCAGAAAUCUCCUUCCUGAGAAUAAAGCCAAAAACGCGAUUGUGAUGAAAUCUCUCUUAACCCCACUCACUCGCAGAGGGACAGUGUCACACGCUCCAAAUGCUUCAGACACACCAAACCAGAAUUUAAGAGUGACCCCAACACCAUCCAGAUCUCCUCACCAAGGAGAGGCAAGAACAUCACGUUCAGCAUCAAGGAGGCGUGCUAGAGGGAAAAAGACGAGGUCAUCAGUUCGCAGACCUCAGGACUACUUGGACCCUGUGUCUUCCUUUAUGAUGCUGAGGGGUGUUCUGAGGCUUCCAGUAGGACAGAGACCUGAAGUGACACCACUGCGCACCAUAGUGGCAGAACCUUCUCAGAAGUCUAUGCCGAAGCCCACAGCUGGUUUAUAUAGGAUGGUGACACAGCAGGCUACAGAGGCAAGGAAGAUCCCCGAGUCCAGCCAUCCUGUUCUGGAAAGAUCCCUCUGUAAAACUGUACAUGUGCCACCCACAGACACAGAGAGGGGCGCGUACUGGGAGCUGCAGGCACUGGCCCGUCCUGUGCUUUGCAGAAUGCUUGAGUCAGGUGCGCUGAGAAAUACGGACUUCAGCAGCCUGUCUCCUGAACACACACGAUUCUGUCUCAAACAGCAGGAGAAGCUGCUCAGUACAGGACAGGGCAGGGAACGUGAGUAUAAUGAUGUGGCCUUACUUCAUAUCUUGGUCACAUUAAAGGACCUGCUGCUCAGGUGUGACCUCAACACUGCAACAAAUCAUCUGGAGAAAGCACACUCCACCAGUACAAUGGAUGGUCUCAGAGAGCUGCUGAGGAAGUUUCAGGUGCUGCAGUAUCUAAGCAGGAAGUGGGCGGAGCCUCAGCUCAGAGUGCAGCACCUGCAGGGGGAGAUCAGCACCUGGCUGCUGAGGACAUGUUUUCAGAAGAUUCUGAUUGUGACGGCAGUGGAGACUGUAAGGGCAGAGUUAGUGCUGGCUCUUAGUAAAAUACCAGGAAACUCUGUAGCUGCCCUAAUACCAGAACAGGACAGCAGAGUGAACAUCAAGAAUCUUACAGACAGGUGUGUGUGUGUGUGUGCGCGUGCCCGCGUACGUGUGUGUAAAUGGAUUUGUGUAUACCUGUGCAUGUAUGCCUGUGUGUGUGUGUGUGUGUGUAGUCGGUGUGCUGUAGUGUGUGUGCAGCAGCUGCAGCGUGGGUUUCCGUGGUGGAGAUUCAGUGUAGUGUUGGAGUUUCAGUGUGUGGUUGACUCAGCUGUUAGGAGCAUCUGCAUAAAGAAGAAGCUCCACUACACCUGCUUUACUACUGCAGCACCGUGUACAGAUCCAGACCCGUCAGCAGUGUUCUGCUCUCCUCUGGACCGUGUUCCUUUUGUGUUGUUUAUCACAGAGGGUUUAUUGAAGCGCUGUGACCUGCUGCAGCUGCUCGAGUCUAACAUGACUCUCCUGGAGAGGAUCCACUCUCCAUCUCUACAGCGGCUGGGACCAACACACCUGUAUGACAUCAUCACCAUUGAUGAGAACACAGCCAUUCUGCUGCAGGAACUGGGGGAGCUGGAGCAGGAACAAGCUGCUGAGCGUGUGGUUCUGAGACUCUCGGCUCUGUCGCUGCAGUUCAGCCGCUGCUGGGUCAUACUGCACUGCUCCAAUCACUACAGAGCUCUCAUGUGUGGUGAGGUGUUCAGUAACAUGGCGUUAAUUUACUCAGCCUUGGUGCUGUUUGGACAGAAGUCUGACGGUCUGGAUGUUAAGGUGUUGCUGGCAUAUAACAGAGCAGGCAUAGCACGGUGUGUGCGUCAAGUCUGCCUUCACACUCUGCUCAGCUCACAGAGAGAUGUGUGUAGCUGGCUCAACCGAGAGUGGUUCAGCGUGCUGCCUACUGAGGAGGAGCAGUGUUUGCUGUAUUUCCCUAGUGUGAACUGUGUUGUAGCUCAGCUCCUGCUUAGUCGAGCUCCGUCUCUACAGUGGCUGCUGGAAGCUUCACACACUCAGCUGGAGGAGAUGUUUCCUGAGAUCAAACCUUCUGUCUUUAAGAUCUUUGGUGACAGUACAGCUACAUACAGACACAGUUCUGCUGCCACACAGUGUGAGGGUGAAGGCAUACACAUCCACUACUGGGGUCUGGAUGAAGAUGAGCCUCUCUCACCCACACACUCGGACCCUUUCCUCACACACACUCCUGGGCCUGGAACUAUGGGUAGUGCCUGGUUUGGGGCGGAGUCAAAGUGUUUGACAAGCACACACACUCAGAAUUUGGCUGAAGAACAGACACAGGUAGCAGGAGAUUUCGGUGGAGGAGAAACCGAUGAGCAGUGGACUCUGGAAGCAUCGUCUCUGAGCCCCAGUCUCUCUUUCUCACACACUGUUCCCUGCACACCGUUCACCCAGAACCCCUGUCCCCGCCUGACUCCUCUCCUCCUGCCCCAUCAGCAGCGGGGAAGCAGCAGCACCGUGUCUGAGAGAUACACAGAGAGGAAAAGACCACCAAGGGGUGCCAUACACACAGGGUUUCCCCAGUGUAAGAGAGGGCGACUUCUGUUUGAGAGAGUCCCGGGAAGGAGUGGACAGACACGACUCAGGAAAUCUUUUGGUGGAGACGGUGGGGACCUCGACUGGCUAUCGUAGCCUGCAGGGAAUCGGCCGUCAGACGUUCUGUCGCAUGUCCCAGACCCGGUGAAAUGUAACUGAAUUGUCUUGGCCAGGCCUAAGGGUCCCAUCUGCAUCUCAUCAUUGCUGAGGAGUGUGCUCCCAUCACCCAAUCAAGCAUCCAGCCAGAGCAGGUCAUGAUAUAUUUUUUACCAUAUUAACAUGCCAUUGUGCGUCAUGCCUGAUGUAAAGACUCUCGUCUCUGCGAGCCUACCACACAGAUUUAA